AUCAGCUAUUACAGAGCUCGAAAUUUUUCUAUAUAAGCUGAAGUUUUUGUGGUGUACAAAUCAGUUUUUCUCAGUCAUCGAGGUGAAGCAGAGAUACCAAAAUGAAAGCCGCAAUUGUUUUGACUAUUGUUUUAUCACUGGGAUGCGUCGCAGCAAGCCCCACUUUUGGCUCCUGUGCAGCAAGUAAGGUAGCGGCAUCAUCAUCAUCUUCAUCAUCUGUAUCUUACUCAGCAUCGUCGUCAUCCUCAUUUUUCUCGUCAUUGAGUUACUACUCGAGUGAUGUAUGUACUGCUGUUGGCUUCACCAUCAGAGAUGACUUGGCAACCUGCAUCUUUGAUGAAUUAGAACAGCAAUUCUUGCAAAAGAAAUGCGAACUGCUCAAUUCUUACGGAGUUUACCCCAGAGAUAUUGGCUGUUUGUUCCCUGAACUGCAACCAGAUUCCUUGUACUAUGACAUCAUUCUCAUUGGUUCAGGACCUUCUGGAUUGAGCGCCCUCCCAUCCUUGUGUGCUUUGGGUAAAAAGGUUUUGGUUGUAGACAAAGGUUACUUUGCUCCAGCUGCUGCCGAUUCUCUGUACUACAGAAGCUCCUUAUACGCUUCUGAAUAUGUCAGAUCUUUCCCCGGAUACAUUAAUGGAGUUGAAAUCACCAAAAACUUGUACAGUUCCAACGUUUUUGGAGGUCUGUCUUGUUUGGAUACCAACACAUGGAACAUUGGAAGUAAAUACCUGUAUGAUCAACUUGCUCAAAUCAAUGACGAAUGGGCCUGGGAAAAAAUUGCCAACUAUUACAAAAGUUUGGAAUGCUACAAAUCAUACUCCUCUGUCAGUGUUACCAAAUCCACCUCAUCAUCUUCAUCGUCAUCAUCCUCGUCAUCUUCGUCUUGUGCCGGUUCCAGUCACUCUUCAUCUUCAUCUCAAACUACCACAUCAACCACCACCUACGAAUACAGUACCAGUGGUACCUACUCAAUUUACAAUUCCUACCAAGAUUCCUACCUCACCAGAACCCUUUCAUCUGUAUUCGACGAAUUGGGCUAUGUCAACAGUGCUUCACCAUUUGACCUCCUUCCCAACAAAUACAGCAUCUUACCUUGUCUUGGUGACCAAGAUAGACCAACUUUGUUCCCAUACACUGUUUUCAAUGGUCUUGAACAAUACAAAAACAAUAUCGACCUCGCUUUGAGAACCACCGCCAGCCAAAUCAUCUUCAAUGGCAAAAGAGCUUCAGGUGUCAAAGUACUCACAUACUCUGGACAAGAAAUCACCCUUUACGCCAAUGAGCAAGUUAUUUUGGGUACUGGUCCCAUUAGCACCUACGAAUUGUUGUUCAAAUCCGGAUGUGGUCCAGAAAGCCUUCUGAAUCAAUAUGGCAUUCCAGUCAAUUUCCACAUUCCAAGCUUUGGUAAUGGUCUUUGUCUGCCUCCUGUUUACCACGGUCUGUGCUUGAAAUUCCCCAAAGGUUACUUGAACGUCUGUGAUUCUGAUUUGGGUAACUUGGCCUAUGCUUUUGGUGAUUAUAAAUUAUCCUCCAGUCUUGCAAUCAACUACUACAGAUCUUACUUCGCUGUCAAAGGAGCUUCUGAAGCUAAUAUUGCUUUGAAAUUCCACGCUUUCAGUUCAUCUACUUUACUUAGAUUGAAAUCUAUGAUGAGCUCAUACUUCCAAUACGACUCCUACACACAAGAAUACAUCAGCAGCAUGGUCAGCGAAUACGACAUUAUCAUUGUUGGAACUCAAUUGCUCGCUCCUAAGAGCAGAGGUUUAAUCACCUACAAAGAUACCAUUGACACUCCCUACCUUGAUCUUGGUAUGUUCACUGAUCAAUACGAUAUUGAAUGCAUGUUGGAAGCUAUUGAACAGGUCAAAGCUUUGUCUCAAACUCAAACCUUCCUCAAUUUGAACUGCGAAUUUGUUCAACUCCCUCUGCAAAACUGUAAUGGAGAUUUCUUCACUCCUGAAUUCAACAAACAAUCCAUCCUCUACCACUCCAUUCCCUCAUUGUACGCAUCUGGUGGUUUCCCUAUUGGAAUUGAUUACCAAACUGCUGUCGUUGACAAAGCCCUCCGUGUUUUGGGAACUGAAAACUUGCGUCUUUUCUCGCCAUGUGUUUCGCCAUAUCCUUUGUAUUCUGACAGUAUGGCUUUCAGUACUUUCAUUGGAUCUUACGGUGCUCAAGUCAUUUGCAACGAAUACAACGGUAUCUAUUUGGACUCAAUCUCCAUCUCUGCCUCUAGCAGCAGCACCUCCAUCUCUUCAUCCUCAUACAACUCACGCGAUAUCGAUAUCAAUUCCUCUUGCAGCAGCACUGACAUUGACAUCAAUGGCAUCUCUAGUAUCAGCACUGGUGGUUUAGACAUUGACACCUGUGGUGCCAAUGGCUCAUCUGUAUACUCUGCUUCUUCCACUGAUAUCAACAGCAGCUACAAUGAAAGCAACAUUUCCUCUACCAGUAUCAGCAGUGGUGGUUUAGGCAUUGACACCUGUGGUGCCAAUGGAGUAUCCUCCUACAACAGCAACAGCAGCAGCAGCAGCUUUGAAGCUGAGCAAGCCAGCUCAAGCUCAUUUGUUGCAGGAAAUGGCUAUGCCAGCCAACAAUCUGCAUCCAGCAGCAGCAGUAACUACUCAGCAGAUCAAUCUAGCUCCAGCACUGUUAUCGGAGCUGGUGGUUAUGCUAGUCAACAAUCUUCAUCAUCCGUUGAUGCUUCAAGCUCCUCCUCCAACGUAUCCCAAUCUUCUUACUCUUCUGGCCUUGGUGGUGUCGAAGCUUCCAGCUAUGAAGCUUCUUCCCAAGCUUCAUCAUUCAGUGCUGAACAGCAAUCAUCCUCUGUUGUAGCUGGUGGUGGCGCAGUUAUCUGCUAAUUCUAUGCUGAAAUCUUAUUUCAGUAUUCAUCUAUGAAUUCCUUCUGUUAAUAAAAAUUCUUUGUAGCAUA